AUGUCUGAGGUUCUAUUUAUCCGCUUUACCCCAGCGGUGGGAGACCCCUCCCUCUGUGCAGACCCCCUCCACCCCCCCUACCCCCGCCUGCGUCACUGUGUUCAUGGAGUUUGGGUCCAGAGCAGCGACCGAGGCCUCAGCGUCCACAUGGAUCAGCAGGCCUACAGACCAACCUGGAGCCGGCAGAUCGAGUUCACCCUGGCCGGCAUCGGGGCAGCCGUGGGCCUGGGGAAUGUCUGGAGGUUCCCCUACCUGUGCUACCGGAGCGGAGGAGGUGCCUUCCUGGUGCCCUACCUGCUCAUGCUGCUGGUGUUAGGGAUCCCUCUGCUGUACAUGGAGCUGACCCUGGGCCAGUUCACCCAGAGGGGGCCUGUCCAUGCCCUGGCCCAUGCCUGCCCACUGCUCAAAGGAGUGGGCGUGGCCUCCGUGGCCAUCUCCUUCAUCUUGUGCACCUACUACAACGUGGUGAUCACAUGGGCGCUCUAUUACCUGUUCAGCUCCUUCCAGGACCCGCUGCCCUGGUUGAACUGCAACAACACCUGGAACACAGCCAACUGCACCAACCAUGCCACCAACAGCAGCUCCUCGUCCACUGCCAGCCAGGAGUUCUUCAAGUAUAAGAUGCUGCAGCAGACGGAGCAGGUGGAGGACGCAGGACAGAUGAGGUGGGAACUGUUUCUGAUCCUCAUUCUGGCCUGGAUCCUGGUUUACUUCUGCAUCUUUAAAGGAGUCAAAUCAACAGGAAAGGUGGUUUACUUCACCGCCCUGUUCCCGUACAUCAUCCUCAUUGCCCUCCUCAUCAACAACGUGCAGCUUCCAGGAGCUUUAACAGGAAUCCAGUACUUCAUCAUCCCUGAGUGGGAGAAACUUCUGUCAGUAGAGGUGUGGGUCAACGCUGCUGCUCAGAUCUUCAACUCCAUUGGCAUCGGUUUCGGGUCCCUCUUGGCUAUGGCGAGUUACAACUCCUUCAACAACAACGUCCUGAAGGACACUCUGACCAUCGCCCUCAUUAACUCCUUCACCAGUAUCUUGGCCGGGUUCGUCAUCUUCUCUGCGUUCGGAUACAUGUCUCAUCUGCAGGGCGUCCCCGUCAGCAGCCUGGCCGUGGACGGUCCAGGUCUGGUUUAUGUGGUUUACCCACAAGCCUUUGCCAGCUUGCCUCUGCCUCAGCUGUGGGCCGUCAUGUUCUUCUUCAUGCUGCUUUGUCUGGGUUUGGACAGUGAGUUUGCGAUGGUUGAGGUGAUGGUGACGAGUCUCACUGACGAGUUUCAUCACACAGUGAUGAAAUAUUUCAAGAGGAAGGAGCUGUUUGUUCUGGCGGUUUGUGGAUUGGCCUUUCUGCUGGGAAUCCCCUGUGUCAUGGAGGUGGGGAUCUACGUGUUCCAGCUGAUGGACCACUACACCGCCAUCGUGUCCAUUCUGUUCCUGGCAUUCUUUGAGGUCAUUGCCAUCUGCUGGUGUUAUGGUGUGACUCGUCUCUCAGGUAACCUCCAGGAGAUGACGGGAAGCCCCGCCCACCUCUUCUUCAAACUCUGCUGGAUGAUCGUCGACCCCCUCCUCAUCUCGGUCAUCCUGGUCUUCUCCAUCAUCCAGUUCAGCCCGGCCCGGUACGGGGACUACAUCUUCCCCCCCUGGGCCCAGGGCGUGGGCUGGCUCAUCGCCAUGGCGUCCAUCAUCUGGAUUCCACUGGGGGGCGCUCACACCUUAUGGCAGCUGUCAGGUUCCUUCACACAGAGGCUGAGGCAGUCCAUUAGACCACUGGCGGUGGAUGAUGUGUCCAAGGCGCCGUACCAUGAGGGCAGAGGGAAGUUCCCGAUGGUCACUGUCAUCAGCUCGUCUGUCCACCUCCAGGACAAACCCCCUCUUCAGACCAACUUCUGACCCGUGGACUGGGUCCUGCUGGACCAGGUCCUCCUGUUUGUACUGGUGUUCUUUGUGGCAGCGGACUCUGACGUCGGACCGUGUUCAUAUCUGCCAUGCAGA